AUGAGUUCCGGCAACUCACUACUCCCACGCGGUGGGUAUGAGCUCACCCCAGAGCAGCAAGCCCUCAAGGACAUCGCCGAAACCACAAACGGUAACCUCGCCAAGUACCUCAUGAUCGUCUGCGGCUCUGUAUCACUUGUCGUUGUUAUCUGGAAAGUCUGCGAACGCAUCAUUCGACUCACCCGACAUGUUUCUUGCCUCAACAAUGACAAGCAACGCUACUUCGCCAUCCCUUCACAGAGGUUCGCGUCUCUCAAGCGUAACCUUCUCUAUGCCCCCGUCUUCAGCAAGCGACACAACCGCGAGAUCCAGAUCAGCAAGGCCAUCAACGUCGGUACACUGCCCACCAGAUUUCAACUAUUCUUCCUUAUUGCCUACUUCGCCUCCAAUAUCGUUUGGUGUGUCAUCGACAUCGACUAUUCCGCUGACAUGAGCGCUGCCUGUGGUGUCAUUCGCAACCGUACUGGUGUUCUCUCCACUGUCAACAUGGUUCCCCUGUUCUUAUUGGCUGGACGAAACAAUCCUUUGAUCCCUUUGUUGAACAUCUCCUUUGACACAUACAAUCUCCUCCACCGAUGGUUUGGUCGUAUUGUUGUCCUUGAGGCCCUUGCCCAUACCAUUUCUCACUACGGCAAGAAUGGCUGGGUUUUCACUCCUCCUGCAGGCAACUUUAUCUUGCCUGGUUUCAUUGCCACUUGCUCCUUUGUGUUCCUGAUGAUCCAGGCCUCUAGCCCUCUCCGACACGGCUUUUACGAGGUCUUCAAGGCUCUUCACAUCCUCGCAGCCUGCGCUGCUGUCGUUGGUCUGUACUACCACUUGUCCGCAUCCCCCCAACUGUACAAGUGGCUCUGCUACGUCUAUGGUGUCAUUGUUCUCUGGAGUUUCGACCGAACUUCACGCAUGUGGCGUAUCCUUCGCUCUCACGUCGGAGGAUCGCGAUCCCGCACCAUUGUCGAGGCUCUUCCUGGAAACGCUGUUCGAUUGACGAUGACCCUGGCCCGCCCCUGGAAAGCCGCCCCUGGACAGCACGCCUACCUGUACCUGCCCGCCAUCAGCUACUGGCAAUCUCACCCCUUCUCUGUCGCCUGGUAUGACGGUGUUGAGGACCCUAAGAACGAGAGAUUGGCCAGCACCAACCAGGAUCUGUUGGCUAUGCAACAGCAACGAAUUUCAUUCGUCAUUCGAGGCAGGACUGGUAUGACUGACAGUCUCUACAAGAAGGCCGUUUCAGCACCUGGAGGGAGAUUUGAGACCAGCUGCUUUGCCGAGGGUCCCUAUGGUGGCCACCACUCUUUUGACUCCUACGGCACUGUUGUUCUUUUUGCUGGCGGAGUCGGCAUUACCCACCCUGUUCCUUACAUCAAGCAUCUUGUCGAGGGCUUUUCCGAGGGUACUGUCGCCACCCGAAGAAUUUUGCUGGUCUGGACAAUCCAAACUCCUGAGCACCUCGAGUGGAUUCGCCCCUGGAUGACCGAGAUUCUCGGCAUGGACAAGAGAAGAGAUGUUCUCCGAAUUAUGCUCUUCGUCAGCCAGCCUCGAUCAACAAAGGAAAUCCACAGCCCUUCAUCCACGGUCCAAAUGUUCCCAGGACGUCCCAACAUCAACACUCUCUUGGGUAUGGAGCAAGAGCACCAGGUUGGCGCCAUGGCUGUGACCGUGUGUGGCCCUGGUGCGUUGAGUGAUGAGGUUCGACUGGCCGUGCGAAACCGUCAAGAUCGAUCCCACAUCGACUUCAUUGAGGAGGCGUUCACCUGGUAA